AUGGCACAGUUCACAAGAUUGAUCCGCUUUGAGUCGGAUAAUGGAAAGUCCUACAUCGCUGACCUUGGAAAGGAGAUCCUGGAGCCCCCAUCGGCAGGAUCCAGCAUCACCGCCUUCAAGUCCUUCGACGACCUGGUAUCUAAGGCCGGCCCAGAGACAGUGACGCUGCAGAAGCUCUUGGCUCCCCUUCCUCGUGAUGACCUGCCCAUCUACUGCGUGGGUCUGAACUACAAGACACACGCGCUGGAAGCUAGCCUCCAAGUGACCAAAACACCUCCGUUGUGGACGAAGCCAGCGGCGACUCUGGCCAAUCCUGGUCAAGACAUACUCAUGAAUGACCACUGCGCGACCAGCUUUCCUGACUAUGAGGGCGAGCUCGUCUUCGUCACCUCUCGUACCUGCAAAGACCUCACUGAGAGUGAGGCCGCAGACGCCAUCCUGGGCUACACAAUCGGCAACGACCUCUCCUGCCGCCUGUUCCAGCUACCAACCCAGGGAGGCGGCCAGUUCUUCUACGCCAAGGCCUUCGACAACUUUGCACCGAUUGGCCCGACGUUGGUCAGCAAGGACGAGUUCUCGAUGAGCAAGAAGUUGACGCUGAGGGUCAAUGGCGAGAUCAGGCAGGAGGCGGACUUCGAGAAGGACAUGGUGUUCAGCCCGGCGAAGGUACUCAGCUUCAUGAGCCAGGGUACCACGAUCCCUGCGUACACCGCAGUGAUGUCGGGGACACCGGCCGGUGUUGGGGCUUUUAUGAAGCCGAAGCAGUUCUUGAAGAACGGAGAUGUGGUGGAAGUAGUGCUUCCAGGUGUCGGGGAGUUGAGGAACAAGAUCGUCUUCCAGUAA